AUGAGGGAGAGCGCGCCCCUCGCCUCUCUCUCCCUCGCGCUCUGCCUUGCUGCCUAUGCUGUGCCGCUGCUUGUGCCACUCGUGGUCCAGAUGCAAUCCCAGCCGUUGGUGGUGCAGAUGCUGCAGACGGGACUAGUGGCGACAGCUCUCCCUCUCACUGCUAUCCCAGCAACCAUGGAUGCAUUGGUGGACAUAGCAGGCGGAUCAGUGAACAUCCAUGUGCUCAUGACCAUCCCAGCAACCAUGGAUGCAUUGGUGGACAUAGCAGGCGGGGCAGUGAACAUCCAUGUGCUCAUGACCGUGGCAGCACUGGCAUCAGUGGCCAUGGGGAAUGCGCUCGAAGGGACCCUACUUCUUGCCAUGUUCUCCAUCUCCCAUAUAGCGGAGCAUUAUUUCACCGAAAAGGCUCUGGGCGACCUUUGCUCCUUGCAGGACAACAACCCUUCCACUGCUCUCCUCAUCGAUCCCUCCUGCCUCUCUUCUGUCGGUGCUUCUACUGCUGCUGCUGCUUCUGAAAACGGCGCCAGUGGCGGCAGCAACAGCAGCAACAGCAACGGCAGCAGCAACGGCAGCAGCAGCAGCAGCAGCAGCAGCAGCGGCGGCGGCGACGGUGGGAGCGAAAGGAGAGAAGGCAGGGUGGUGUUUCCGGGUCUGGCUGCCCUCUCAUGGUCCGAAGUGCCCGUAGCAGAUGUGCCGGUGGGGGCUAUGGUGCUGGUGAAAGCAGGAGAGGUCGUCCCUCUAGACUGCACCAUUCGCUUCGGCCGCUCCCUCCUCACCGCAGAGCACCUCACCGGCACCAACCUUUCUCUUCCUUCCCUGCUGCUCUGCUCUUUCUGCGCGCUCACGGCAUGCGCCGGCAAGUCACGGGGUUCGCUGUAUCGGGCACUGCCAGUGACGGUGGCAGUAUCGCCCUGUGCUAUCACUGUUGCCCCGCUCGCCUACUUCUGUGCUAUCACUGUUGCCCCGCUCGCCUACUUCUGUGCUCUCACUGUUGCCCCGCUCGCCUACUUCUGUGCUAUCACUGUUGCCCCGCUCGCCUACUUCUGUGCUAUCACUGUUGCCCCGCUCGCCUACUUCUGUGCUAUCACUGUUGCCCCGCUCGCCUACUUCUGUGCUCUCACUGUUGCCCCGCUCGCCUACUUCUGUGCUCUCACUGUUGCCCCGCUCGCCUACUUCUGUGCUCUCACUGUUGCCCCGCUCGCCUACUUCUGUGCUCUCACUGUUGCCCCGCUCGCCUACUUCUGUGCUAUCACUGUUGCCCCGCUCGCCUACUUCUGUGCUAUCACUGUUGCCCCGCUCGCCUACUUCUGUGCUCUCACUGUUGCCCCGCUCGCCUACUUCUGUGCUCUCACUGUUGCCCCGCUCGCCUACUUCUGUGCUCUCACUGUUGCCCCGCUCGCCUACUUCUGUGCUCUCACUGUUGCCCCGCUCGCCUACUUCUGUGCUAUCACUGUUGCCCCGCUCGCCUACUUCUGUGCUAUCACUGUUGCCCCGCUCGCCUACUUCUGUGCUCUCACUGUUGCCCCGCUCGCCUACUUCUGUGCUCUCACUGUUGCCCCGCUCGCCUACUUCUGUGCUCUCACUGUUGCCCCGCUCACCUACUUCUGUGCUCUCACUGUUGCCCCGCUCGCCUACUUCUGUGCUCUCACUGUUGCCCCGCUCGCCUACUUCUGUGCUCUCACUGUUGCCCCGCUCGCCUACUUCUGUGCUCUCACUGUUGCCCCGCUCGCCUACUUCUGUGCUCUCCCUGUUGCCCCGCUCGCCUACUUCUGUGCUCUCCCUGUUGCCCCGCUCGCCUACUUCUGUGCUCUCCCUGUUGCCCCGCUCGCCUACUUCUGUGCUCUCACUGUUGCCCCGCUCGCCUACUUCUGUGCUCUCACUGUUGCCCCGCUCGCCUACUUCUGUGCUCUCACUGCCUGUGCAGCCAAUGGCAUUCUGCUGAAGGGCGGCCAUGCCCUGGACGCCACAGCAGCAUGCGACACAGUGGCCUUUGACAAGACCGGAACGCUCACCACUGACCAACUCGCCCUGCGCUUCAUCCAACCUCUACACUCCCACGCACCGCACACCACUCCCUCGCUCCUCACACCCAACUCCGCACCUUCCUCUCCCUCCUCCUCCACCUCCUCUCCCUUCUCUUCCUCUACCUCAUCCCCCUCUUCAUCGUCCUCUCCUCAUUUUGGUGAAAGCGAGAGAUUUUGGGAGGACUGUACACUGGAGGAGACAGGGAUAGUUCACAGCCAUAGUCACGAGUGGGAGGAGACAGGGGUGGUGGUGGAGUGCAGCAGUGCGAGCUGUGAGGCAGAGGCGCUGGCAGUCGCUGCUGCUCUCGAGCAAGCCGCCACGCACCCCAUUGCCAGGUGGGUUGAGUUGGGUGUAGGGGUGUCGAAACGUCUCAAGACUCGGCAGGCGUGGUGGUGGAGUGCAGCAGUGCGAGCAAGCAGCCACUCACCCCAUUGCCAGUGCAGCAGUGCGAGCUGUGAGGUGGAGGCGCUGGCAGUGGCUGCUGCUCUUGAGCAAGCAGCCACUCACCCCAUUGCCAGAGCACCACAGGAGUAUGCAAACAGCAGGCGAGCUACUCUCACUGGAGUGAACAUGGAUCAGCUGCUGGUGGCAGGGCGAGGGCUCACAUCCCCCCAUCCCCACUCUUUCUCCUCACGCUCUUCCCCCCCCCUGAAGGGCCCUACAAGAGUAUGCAAACAGCAGGAGAGCUACUCUCACGGGGGUGAACGUGGAUCAGCUGCAGCUGGUGCCGGGGCGAGGACUCACAGCCACCAUCUCUAG